UGCAGCUCAAGCCCUGUGGGAGUCCAUACUGAACAUGAAGCACAAGGAGGCUGUGAUGGAGGUCCGGAGACACCUGGUGGAGGCUGCCAGCAAAGAAAACCUGCCUAUUAAGAUGAGCCUUGGUAGAGUCACACCUGAGCAGCUCAGUUCCUACAUCCAUCUGUUUAAGAACAACUUCAAAGCCAUGCAGAACCACUGCGGGACCUUGCAGCUCUCCCUGGCGACUGUGCAGACACUGAGGAGCCCCCAGUUAACCAAGUGGGACAGCUUCCUGGCUUUUGAGCGCCUGCUAUUACAGGUGCAAACCACUGAAGAAGCAAGUAAUUAAGAGCCGUAUAAAACCACACACCUUCAGAGACCUGUCAUUGGCCUCAGGAUGGCUGCUGUGGUACACUUCGUGAUGCUGCAACACUUGGCUCUUAUUGAGGACAGGCAGGAAUACCUUCGGAGGAGAAGAGCAAGACGGAGAAGACACAAGGUUACUUUGUUUGGGAUGCUGGAGGAUGUGGUGGCAAGGCGUUAUCGUCUCACUC